AAUUCAAAAUUAACAAUGGAUAAUGACAAUAAAAAACCGCCAGACGAUGAGAAGGCAGAGCAUCAGCCCAAUACUCAAAAUGUUCUCCAGUUGGCAGAUGGUCAUGUGGGUGAGACCGAAACAGAUGAACUCAUACUAAGGCAUGUGAGCUUCGAGAUGCCCAGCAGCACCUUGGAGUGUCUGAAUCUGGAUGAGGCCGAGGUGCUAGUUCAGGACAUGAUCGAGAGUAUUUUGCCAAAUUUGGAGCCUGAUAAGGUAGCCAGCACUUCCACAUUGACGUCGUUGACUAGGUACGACGAUGAGCGAAUGCAUCGCAUUCUGCGGCUGCUCGAUCGGUAUACACGCAAGCUGGAGGCCAUUGAGGAACAAAUGCAGAGCUCCAGUCGGGAGGCACACUCAAGUCAGGGUGAAGAGCGAUUGGGUCAACAGAUGAAGUUGACACAACACUGCGAGCUGGCGACACAGACGCUUCCGUUGAAAAGCCAAAGCCUGGGCAUGAUUAGCAGUCGAAGAAUCAACCAAGAACAACAGCAGCAGCAACAACAACAGGAGAUGGAAAUAAUUCCACCCUGUGAAUGUAGACAUCAUAUAAUCACGAUCAGUGCCAACAGCUCCUCACCAUUUGCAACUCCCUCUCCGCGUCGCACAUUCAUGGGUCGCAUUGGCCAAACUUUGGGUGACUUUGCAGGUGCUUUGUGCUUGUGCCUUCAUGUAAACAAGGAUUGCAUUUUUUGUCUCGGCUUCUUCCUAGCGUUUGUGAUUAGUGCCAGUUUUCUUACUGCCUUCUUUUAUCGCACCAUCAGCCUAAGCACCACACCCAUCCGUGUGCCGAUUGAUUCAGUACGUGUCACUCCGGUGCCAUCAGCCAGUGAAACAGCCGCACUGCGUUUAAAUGGAGGUUAUUACUAUAUCUACAAUACUCAUCGACAGCAUUUUGUAUAAUAUUUCGAUUGUCAUAAAUUUUUCUAUCGUUUCAUAAAUGGUAAUUAAUUAAUUGUA